CAACCUGCUCAGUUCUCCUUCAUUCAUCUUCCCUCUUUCUCCAUUACCACAGUACCACAAUUUAAUUUGUCUUAUAAGAAACAAACCACGAUGACAGAGCUAAAUGGUCUUCACGAUCAUUUUCUUCCUCAUCCAAACUUAAUCAUCGACCCUCUAACAGAACAGUGGGGAGACUUGCCCUUCAUGUUCGACGAUUUCGAUGACAUGCUCGUCUACGACUCCCUCUGGACCUCCUUCAGCUCCGAUUUGUCCACCCCCUCCAUGGAGGACUUAACCACCGCCGUCAAGCCCGAGCCGGCCUAUAACUACUUCGAUGAACUACAUCAAAUUUUGCAGCCUCAAGAGUCAUCGAUUCUACAUGAUCAAGUUUCCAUCAACAUCAGCGCCCCAAAUGAACUAUCAUCACCGGAAACUGAAUCAACAGUCUCUCAGACGAGCUAUGAUCAGCUACAAGAGGAAGUCCCUACCCCAAAAGUACAGAAGGUACUUGGCGGCGGUACGAGUAGCGUUUCAAGAGGGAGGCAUUACAGAGGGGUGAGACAGCGGCCGUGGGGAAAGUUCGCCGCCGAGAUUCGAGAUCCAGCGAAGAACGGGGCUCGAGUGUGGCUUGGCACCUAUGAGACCUCCGAGGAAGCGGCUGUGGCUUAUGACCGAGCCGCUUACCGGAUGCGUGGUGCCAAGGCUUUGCUCAAUUUUCCACACCGAAUUGGCCUGAAUGAACCGCCACCGGUUAGGGUCACCGGCAAGCGUAAAGACCCUGAUCAACAAGCCGGAAACAGUCCCACAUCGACGACUACAAGAACGCCGAACUUGAAUAAGAGAACCAAAGCCAGCUUGGCGUCGCCGGCGCCUGAUAUGGGAGCUGAUGCUAAGUUUGAAAGAGAUGAUCGUACCAGAGUAAAUGUCAAUCGUACAAGACAUAAUAGUAAUGUGGGUUUACUAGUCAACUGAGAAAAUGUUGAUAGUUAAUAUAACCACCGAUCUAAUGUGAUAGGGAGAAUGUUACUCUUUCAGAUUUACUACGGGUUUGAUCAAUGAUACAUAACAUGCAAAAUAAAGUGCUUGAGAGGAUGUUCGUUUUUC